AUGUCAUGUCACCAAACAUCCCGAGCACAGGAUGAUCCGUACGCGUUCACCGAAUCAGCCCCACUUCAGGCGAACUCGUUGCUGUAUGCAAACCAUUCAAGCACAGUCGGUAGUAAUGUUGGAACGACUGCCGCGAGCACGGGAAUUUCGGUGGUCACAACAGCGGCCGCCAAGUCUGGCGUUAGUUUACUCGCUUCGUCCGCAGUUGGGGGCAAUUUCGGAACUGCGACCAGCCCAGCAGGACGAGCGCCUACGUCGGUUACAGUUGGGACAAUCAUAUCGCCUAAGCCGGUGGUAGCCGGAUCACCGGCACACCCGCAAAUCUCCCCAUCGUUGAAGGUUCGUUAUAAUGGCGUGGUAACGCCUUUGCAAAUUCAAAAGGCUCCGCUAGCCGUAGCUACUACACCGGUUUUCACAAAACCACUGCAAAUUAGGCAGCAAACCCCGCAGCCACAACCAACGGUCACGGUGGGGAAACUGAUCAAGAAAGUGUUGCCGCAAAAAUCGCCCCUGCUAACGACGGUUGUUGCCGGUGACCUAAAAGGAUUUUCACAACUGCAGCAACGGCCGCAGAACCAAUCGUCGCCACAACAAACGUCGAUCAUUUCACCCGGCGGCUCGAUAUUCACAACGGUUACGACACCGACCGGCACGGCGUUAAAGUUUAUCAAAAUCCCUCAGAAUCAGCUCGGAAAAGCAACAAUAACAGGCAUUCCGCAGGGAAAUUUCAUACAAGUCAGCACUGGAAAUGGCACGAAGAAACUACUUACCACCAGUAACCUUGGUACGAUUGGUACAAAAUCCGCUAUAUCGGUGACUGCUACCGCAACGACCCCGUCAUCCACUAUAAAGCGUAAUGCUGCUACCGUUGUAUCGACUCAGUUGCCAAGCGUUUCGCCGACCAAAAUUCGUCUCAUACAACCAAAUUCCCAGGGUAAAAUUUAUCUUCAAGCAGCGAACAGCAACAACUUGACCAGCACAACUCACAUCUCGAGUCCAAUCAGUAUAGCGGCUUUGCGAAAUUCUCUUUUUCGGCAGCAGCAGUUGCAGCAACUGAACAAUGCUAAAAUUCAACAGCCGUCACAGCCGCAGCAACAGCAGCAACCGCAGCAACCGCAGCAAACACAAAAAGUUGUUCAGAAUUCGCAGCAACCGCAGCCGAGCCCAAUACUGCAAUUACCGCAACAGACACCGAAACAAGUAAAACCGAUACUUCAGUUCCAGCAAAAGAUCCAAACGUCAUUGGUGCCGCCACCGCAACAGCAGCAAUCGUUACUGUCUAAGUCGGACAAUAAUGCUCCCGCCUCACAAAAUGUGUUGGUACAGAGAAAAGUGCAGAGUCAAACGCAGCAGCAUUCGUCUAUACUGCAGCAGCUACCGAAGGUUCUUCAACAAGCACAGGUGGCGCAAAGCACUGCACCGCAAAGUUUGUUGCAACCGCAAAGUUUGCUACAACCGCAACCUUUCCUACAAAACACUAUAAAGCAACAGUCAGCACCGUCCUCUUUUCAGCAACAGUCGUUGCAACCUCAACAAAUAAAGCAACAACUACCGCAGCAACUGCAACCCAAGCUGCAGCAACCCAAGCCGCAGCCAAAACAGUUCCCAAAGCAACAGUCGUCCACGUUAAAUGGAUCUUUACUGGCAAAAGCGGUUGUUGCGAGCGCUGGAAAGGUCAAUCUUAAGCCAGCAACAACUGAGGGGCCAGUGUUGACCACAGUGCGAACCUUAGGGCAAUCGAGUUUACUUUCUGGUGCCGCAAACGUCAAUGGUCGUGUAAAACCUGUGCCUGACUUCGUGAAAACAGAAAACGCAAUCGCCAACAAUGGAAACGGCACGCUAUCGACCAUAUGCAAUCCAAUCUCACCGCAGAAUAAGACUAACGUGGAGCCCACGAUUGUACCAAAGGUGCAGUUCACGGAAACGAAAUCAGUGGAAGAAAACUCUCAGCUAGCAAUGCCAAUUGCCACAGUCGCACCGUUGAACGUUAAUGUAAAGUGUCGCUCAAACGCUGGACGAAAGCCUGGAUCCGCCAGUAAGAAUCCAGCUGGAAAGCAGCAGAAAGGCAAGCGAACGUACAGUCAACGUUCCACGGAAAAACAACAUUCUGGCGAGCAACUAAUAGCAACUUCGGCAUCAUCCAAAUCUUGUCCUGCUACUCCUACGUCUGUGGCAAAUUCCGCGGCGAUAAUGGAGGUUGAGAAAGCGCCAGAGGAAAAGUUCACGCCUCUCCUGCCGACAAACGAAAGUUUGAGUAAAGGUGCCAGCAGUACCAAUGGGGACGAAUCGCCGGCCAUCAAGCAACCGAAACUAAAGCACGGUCCGAGCUCACGGGCGCCUGGUGCAAUUGCGGUACCGAUGGUUCAGAAAACAGUGCGCGAAUGGCAUGCUCCUGGUUCAUAUAUAUUUGAUCAGAAUGAUCCGGAAGAUGAAUCAGAUGACGAUGAGGAUGCAUGCGAUCUGUGGCCAAAUACGCUCUCCUUCUGGUACGAGGAAUCGAUCGCAGUCAGCGUACCGGAAAGGAGCUCGGCUUGGGCUUUUAAUCCACCACACUCGCGAGCCGGUCCAUCGCACGGUAGUGGUGUACGAAUGGGUAAGGACAAACAGGACGAUUCAAAGUUUGAAAUCCGCAUGCUGACGCGGGACGAGCGGCUGGAGCUUAAGAAAGCUUACCUGCAGCGUCGUGCGGUUCAGUGUCGCAAUGGACUGCGGAUGCGAAACGUUUCGGCCGCCAAACGGAGACUUGAGUCGAUGACUAAGGUGAUGGAAAAAUUGGAAGCCCGUCGACUAAAGGCACUGACCCAAGAAAGCGAGAAACCGAAAUGCCUCUCGCAGGGCUGCAACGAGGCAGCACUUGUGAUGACGACACACUGCUACAACCACAUUACGGAGAAUACUGAGCAACGCCUCUUUCAACGGUGCACCGCAAAGUUUUCCGACAACCGUCAGUGCCACGUGCCGGUGUUCGACAUAAGUCACGAAUUAGUGCUGUGCAAGGAGCACGCUUGGAAGCACGACAAUCACGACAAGAUGACGCAGGAGGUGAAGCAGAAGAAGCCAGCCCGGAAGAAGCCCAAACCUAUAGUUCCGCCCGUCGCGCGAACACAGAAGCGACCGAAAAAGAAGAAGAAGUUGACACCUCUGCAGCAGCAAAUGAUUUUGCACCAGCAGCAGUUCAAACAAUUCCUGGGCAACACCCAGCCACAGCAUCAUCAUGUGCAGUCGGGCCAAAUGAAUCCUCAAUCUGCACAGUUGCCUGUGUCCCCAGAGCAGCAACAGAGAGGGAAGGUCGUCCAGCAACAAAGUUUGCUAAUCGGUGCACCCCGGUCGAAUGUUCCGGGUGUCACCCUCGGGCACAUUGAUAGACUUCCGGUUCAACAGCAACAUGCGGAACAACACGCACUACUAGCAUCGCCUUACCAGCAACAGCAGUAUAUUGGCAAUGAUACGGCAAUGUCCAAUAGUGGAACUAUGCCCGUAACGAAUGGUCACCUUCAAAGUCCACUUAGUGCCGAUAGCCACGUGAUCGGGGAGAGCACCCUGGUAGAUGCGAUGUUCCCAUCGGAACAAAAUAAUUCGACAGUGGCACUUGUUGGCCAGACCGAUAGACCAAUCCACGAUCAGCAUCAGUUACAGCAACCGCAACAGCAGCAUCUGCAGCACCAGCCGCAGCAUCAACAGCACUACGGCACUGGUGCUACAGCGCAUCCGGUGCAACCCAUGCUGCAUGCUUCUGCCUCGCAGGACUUGUUGACGAUAUGCGAGAACAGCUCUGCAUACGCCAGUUCUGAAGAUACCGGUGUUGGUGGCCUGUCGGAAUCGGAGUUGAUGGCAACGCCGGACGUGAUUGAGGAAAUUAUACCAUUCGACAUCACCAGCCAGCUGUACUCGAACGUGCUCAGUCAGCUACCGGCGGAUGAGUUGAAUGAGCUGCUGUUCUCCGGGGGCGGCACUCAAGACGUUCACGAUCAGGGCACGGCGUUCGACAAAAAUACGUGCGAGGUUGAGGAAGAAAUUGCGUUGGCACUGGAGGAAGCGAAAUCACUCGACGACAUGACGGUGGAGUCCGGAAACUUUUUAGGUGACUUCCUCGAAAAUGUCGACGACGAAAUCCUGGACGGUUCGGACAUCUGUACUGACCAGAUACUGCACUCACCUAACAACGGCAGCGAUAUCCGAGGGCUUGUGCAUACGUAAGUAUGUGGUGUGUGGCAUACGUGCUUUUGUAGUGGCGACCGUAGAAAACGAUUCGUAGUGACACGCAUGUUCCUCACCAUCACUACAGAAUCGCUCAGUUGGGGGGAUCGUUGUACCGGUUUCUUGAUGAUGACAGCUGAAACCAGUGUCCACUGGGAGGCACGAUCACAAAAAUUACGAUGGAAGCUUUGUUUCGGCUGACGUUCCAUUGAUUGUGGAGCAACGGGGAGAGCGAGAGCAACGGUUUAGAAAAUGAUUUAGUUUGUGUGAUCGCAAAGACCACUUGAUCCGAUUCGCGGACGCGAAUCGCCGUAGCAUCCCGCACAGAAAGCGAAGGGAACAUGCAACCACCUUCGAGGAUCGCUAUUGUGCGCUCCCACCAAUGAUGUUUGGUAACUUGAUCAGUAGCCAGAUAUUAGUCAGUGUUUUGAUUGAAUUAAUCAUUUCAUCUCCUAGGUGGUUUUGUGAAAUAAAUUGUAUGAAAUUGUAAUCUUCCUGGAUUUUGUCUGGGCUAUGUUUGAUCGUCGUGACAACCAGACCUUUUGAGCGGCGAAUAACAUAAUAAUGUGGAUAAUUUGCCCAGACGAAGAAUGAAGUGACACUGCGCAUGAGGUACAAAAGAUUACGUCUUGAAGAUCAUGAAGUGGAUCACGAAGAGUUGCUUUUUCAAUUGUUUGCUCGCAGUUGCCGAGUAAAUUCUACUGAGGCGGGCCAAGUAUGCAGUUUAAGUUGGGUUAUUAUCAAAAAGUUAUACGUAUCUGCUCGCGGUUUUGACGCAACGUAAGCAACGAUAAGUUGUAAAGUUGUAAAGUUCUUUCUGUUGAAGGGGGUCCUACAUAAUUAUUGUUUUUUACAUGCAGAAGCAGUUGCACUGCUUGUUUUAGGUUUGCCUUAGAGUAUGUUGAAAGUUUUGCAAGUAGUUCUUUUGCAUCUUAAGGAACUUUUUCACAAAUCAAAGCGAAGCUUGUCGUUGCAGUUGAUUGUCACUUAGCAUGGCCGCCAGGUUGUCAAGAGAGUAAUUUCUUUCGACAAUGGCAACACAAUCGCAUGAUAUACGAUUUUAGUUUUGUUUCUAUUGCUCAUCGUUAUGAGUAUUGUUAGGCUCACAUAAAUUACGCAUCAAAGAACGUUUCGGUGAGUCGGCCUCAGUGUCGGUCGCAUGCUAACAAUUCUCACAAACAUUAUUCCAUUCUCACCGGCCACCAUUGGGUAACGUGUGAUUGCAGUGAUUCUUGAUCGAUUAGAUUUGCAACAAAAGUGCAUCUUAGGAGCGCAUUUAGAAGGCAGAAUCUAGCCUUAAUAAUGAUGGGGUUUUUCAACAGACAACGAUCGCACAGUCCGACAAUGCCUUAAGUGGCGCUGCUCUGUGGUGCAGAUAGAUGAAUGCCUGGCAGGCGUUCGGUUAUUGCGUUGUCGUCCUCGAGCCUGGGGACCGUUCGCGAUACCUUUGUACAUACCUAUACAUAAACAAGCUAUAACUAUAGUUAAACAUAUUUUAAAAGCAAACUCGAUAUCUGUACCUGAUUAAAAAAGAAAUCAAAAUGGCACAACGGGAGCUAGAUUUGCCAUUUGUUUUCGUUUUUCGGCCUUCGAAUUUAAGGGGUCUUUAUCGCUGGCCGGUUGACGGAGUUUAUCUGUCUUAGCGACACAUCUUUUCACCAGUUUCUAGAAACGUGAGCGAUGGCGUAGGGUUCCAAAGCGUUCGCACUAGAGUGGGUAGUAUCGGGAACAUGAGGCAUGCUCUUAAAAUUCGUUCUUACUUAUCGUAGUGAUACAUGAACUUCGGAUUAACGAAAACCCGGAAAAGGUAACUUCAGUGUGUGAAAUGCAACAAACAAAUGAUUGACGAAACUACAUGGUAUCGCAAUAAUAUGUAAGCGAAUCGCUUCUGUCCUUUGGAAAUCAAUAAGCUUUAGUUCGGUAGGGUACUGAUAAAAACACAAAUAUAUAAAUAUAUCGUAUGAAUGAUAAUAAAUACUUUAAUCGAUAAAAUACACUUAACGCCCCUCUAGCAGCAACUCUACCUUAAAAAGUACACUUAUAAUUGUAUAUUGGGAUUCUGUGAGUGUGGCAGGUAACGAGCAACAAAUGAUACGAUAAGGUAAACAAAAAAAAACACAAACACACAUAAUACACUAGCGAAAUGUACGCAGGUUAAAAAACAACAUAG